AUGCACCUUUCGAAGCUGGUUCUAAUUCCUUCCGUUCUCGCGUUACCACUACUGGAUUCGAUAUUGGACCCCAUCCUUGACAGCGUAUGGACCUCUCUAGGCGGUCUCACCCAGACGUCUCUAGGAAGUCUCACAGGCAAGCUCGGUGCUAAGCAGUCUUAUGACUAUGUGGUAGUUGGCGGUGGCACAGGCGGCAACACCAUUGCCUACCGUCUAGCUGAAGCUGGCUUUACAGUCGCAGUCGUCGAGGCCGGAGGGUCAUACGAGUUAGGCAAGCCUAUCGUCGGUCCUGCACCCCUAGGUGACAUUAUCGGUGUAGGGUCAAACCCCGCUGACAGCAUCCCAACCGUUGACUAUGGCUUGAGGACAGUCCCGCAAGCUGGUGCAGGGGGUCGCGAGAUGCAUUAUGCGCAAGGCAAGUGCCUUGGCGGAUCUUCUGGCCUGAACUUCAUGAUCCAUCACCGCCCAAACCGAGGGGCUCUGGAUGCCUGGGCAAAGGCCGUUGGAGACGAAAGCUACUCGUUCGACCAGUUUCUGCCAUACUUCAAGAAAAGCUUUACGUUCACCCCGCCGAACACAAAGACACGCCUUGCCAAUGCGACAACAGCCUACGUGGAGGAUGACUUUAGCGAAUCUUCAAAUGCGCCAAUCCAGGUGACCUACCCUAACUGGACACCCGUGUGGUCGACUUGGGCCGCCAAGGGCUUCGAGGCACUCGGGUUGAAAUUGACGGACAAGUUUAACCAAGGCGUCCUGAACGGAUAUCAUUACGCGCAAACCACAAUAGAGCCGCAAGGCCAGGUCCGGUCCAGCUCGGCUGAAUUCUUCUAUGCGGCAAGAGACGCGAAAAUGAGCAAGCUCACUGUAUAUCUGGGAUCACGAGUCAACAAGGUACUUUUCGAUGGGGACAAAACGGCCACAGGCGUUGAAGUCGCCGCGGCAGGACUGCUGAAAUACACCAUCACUGCCAAGAAGGAGGUAAUCCUGUCGGCCGGUGCCGUACACACGCCGCAGCUACUCAUGCUGUCUGGCAUCGGUCCCGCGAAACACCUUACUGAAUAUGGUAUCGACGUACUAGCGGACCGCCCCGGUGUAGGGCAGAACAUGACGGACCAUGCCCUUUUUGGACCGACGUACGAAAUGAAGUUCGACACCCUGAACAAGGUAAUCGGCGACCCUAUCACCCUUGCCGCAUCCAUCGCCAAAUAUACCCUAUCGCGUACUGGGCCGUUGACGACCAACGUCGCCGAGUUCCUAGCAUGGGAGCGCAUGCCCAGCAGUGCAAAUCUGAGCCAAUCAACCUGGGACCAGCUACUCCAGUAUCCAGACGACUGGCCUCAUAUCGAGUAUUUUCCGGCUGCGGCCCAUAUUGGCCGUUUCAAUAUUCCUUGGCUUGACCAGCCAAAGGACGGAAAGAUGUACGCGUCUAUUCUCGCUGCGUUAGCCGCACCACUAUCCCGAGGCAAUAUCAUGCUUGCCAGUGCCUCUCCCGCAGACAGUCCAUUGCUCAAUCCGAAUUGGCUGACCCACCCGGGCGAUGUCGAGGUCGCUGUGGCCAUGUACAGGCGCACGCGCAGUGUGUUCAACACAGAGGCGAUCCGAAGCGUCCGCGCGAGUGAUGCCGAGUUCUGGCCGGGCUUGGAUGUGGAGACGGACGAGCAGAUCCUGCGCAAUAUUCGAACGAGCGUAAUGGCAGUCAUGCACGCGUCAUGCACUGCGCGGAUGGGACGUAUCGAUGACCCGACCGCUGUGGUAGAUAACAAGGCGAGAGUGAUCGGAGUCAAGGGUUUGAGGGUUAUGGAUGCCAGUUCACUUGCGCUUCUGCCCCCUGGGCAUCCUCAGGCGUUGAUCUACGCCUUGGCUGAGAAGAUUGCAGAUGAAAUCAUCAAGGCUACGUAG